AUUUAUUUUAAGUUUACAUAAUCGUACUAGAAUCGGAUCCACUAACAACUUAGAGCAUUUACGAUCGUAAAUGCUCUAAGAUUAACAAACGUUAUGAUUUGAAGUACAAUUGAAUACUAGAGUUAUUCAAUUUACAUACAACUACAUGCAAUUGAAUUAUCCACAGACAACGUACGUCAAUGAACAGCCCUACGAGAAGCCAUCAUAGCCGCCAUUUUGAGCAAUUUGUUAUUUCCGCCUUUGCGGUGUUGACUUGAGAUGCGAAUUUCAUACAAAAAGCUAGUGUAAUGUGGACUUAUUAAUUUUUGCGUAGUGUUUUUCAAAUAAUAGUGAAAAUGGGUGAAGAAUAUAUGGACGCGCAGGACUCUAUAAUGAGCGAAAUGCAGAAUCGCGGCAACGAAAUGAAUGAACCUCCUGGGGGUGAUGUGCCCAAGGAUUUCGCUGAUAUGAUGGGUUAUGAGGACGGAGGAGGUUACGAAGAUGACGAUAAUAACUUUAGAGGCAACAGAGGGCGUGGUAAUUUCAGACGUGGAGGCCGGGGCCCGCCUCCCCCCGCAUGGAUGAACGGCCCCCCGCCGCCGAUGAGGUUCCGCGGGCGCGGCUACGGCCCCGGCGGUCCCCCCAUGCGGGGCCGCGGCUUCUUCCGGGGCCGCGGCGGGCCUCGCUUCGGACCCAACAACGGCCCCAACUUCGACAACAACUGGGGACCGAUGGGCCCUCCCCCGCCGGGAAUGAUGGGUGGGCCGCCUCCCUUUGGCCCCCCGCCUGGCAUGAUGCCACCAGGGGGGCCGAUGGGACCGCCGCCCAAUAUGAUGGGGCAGCCGCCUCCGUUUGGAGGACCUCCUGGAAUGCCACCACCAAAUAUGCCCGCACCAGAGCUGUGGGUGGAGACAAAGUCUGAGGAUGGGAAGUCUUACUACUACCACGCGCGCACCCGCGAGACCACGUGGACCAGGCCCCAGGAGAGCCCCACUGUCAAAGUGAUCACCCAGGCCGAGAUGGAGGGGAUGGCUGCCACUGGCCAGCUGCCCGGCAUGGUAGGCGGCGCUAUGCCCAUGGGCGCUCCGAUGGGCGCUCCGAUGGGCGGCCCGAUGGGGGCUCCCAUGGGCGGGAUGCCCAACGGGAUGCCGCCCAACCACCCGCCCUUCAUGUCGCAGCCCCCGCCCUGGCUCAAGGAACCGCCCAAUAUGAACAUGCCCCCUCAGAAGCAGGAUAAACCCGAAGAAAUGGGUCAGGAGGCAGACGAUAUGCCUCCGGGCGAAGGGGCACCCACGCAGCCUCCAAAUGGUAACAUGAUGACAGGCUUCCCCCCACCAGGGAUGCCUGUAGGCCCGCCCGGUCCCGCGGGCCCCCCGUCGGGUCCGCCCGGGUUCGGGCCGGGUCCGGGCCCGGGCCCUGGUGGGUUCGGGCCCGGCCCCGGCUGGCCCCCCGGCUGGGGCUGGACCCCGCCCCUGGGGCACCCGCCGCCGGGGCUACAGCCGCCCCCCAAUCAAGCCCCGGCCCUCCCCAACCCGGCACAGAACGCCCCACAGUUAGCUGACACAUUCAGAGCGCCGCCGGCACAGAUGCCGCCCGGGGAAGCGGCAGAACCGGCGCCGUCUCCGAAACCGGCACAGACGGUGAUACCAGCAGAUCUGAUGGCCCGGGCCGAAGAAUGGACCACUCACCGAGCCCCAGACGGAAGACCUUACUACUACAACGCAGGCAAGCAGGAAAGUGUAUGGGAGAAGCCCAAACCUCUCAAGGAGCUGGAGGAGCUGCAAGCGAAAAUAGCAGCCGAGAAAGGAGAGAAAGUCGAGAAGAAGAAGGACAAAAUCGAGAUUGAUGACAGCAAAAUUGAAGUGAUCGACGUAGAAGCGCACGCGGAAGCUGCCGCCGCGGCCGAAGCGGAGCGCGAGCGCGAGGCCGAACGCGAGCGCGAGCGCGAACGCGAACAGGACGCGCGCCGCGAACGCGAGCGGCUCGAGCGCGAGCGGGCCGAGAAGGAGCGCGCGGAGAAGGAGCGAGCCGAGAAGGAGAAGGCGGACAAGGAGAAGGCGAAGCAGGAUAGGAGCAGACCGAUAUCCAGCACGCCUAUAUCUGGGACGCCUUGGUGCGUGGUAUGGACUGGUGACGGCCGCGUGUUCUUCUACAACCCGACUGCACAUUCUUCAGUGUGGGAACGACCCGCGCAAUUAAUAGGCCGCGCCGACGUCGACAAAGCUGUGUGUCAGCCGCCCGCCGCCCUACUAGACCUGCACCGUAAAGAAUCUGCGAGCGCGUCCGCGAGUGGGGCUAGUGGCUCGACGGCAGUUUCUUCUAGCAACGGCGACCUUAAACGCGCCGCAGACUCGGACAGCGACUCGUCCGAACCAGACCCGCCGAAGAAGACCAAGACGGAUGACGUACCAACGAAAUCUACCACAGCCACGGGCGGAAUCGAAGCUGGGGCGGCGUCUGCAAUGGAAGCGGAGAUGAGAGCGGCCCGAGAACGAGCCGUAGUGCCCCACGAGCAGAGGCUGAAGGCGUUCCUGCUGAUGCUGCACGAGAACCACGUGUCUGCGUUCAGUGCCUGGGAGAAGGAGCUGCACAAGAUCGUCUUCGAUCCCAGAUAUUUGAUGCUGGACACUAAGGAGAGACGGCAGGUAUUCGAUCAAUACGUCCGGGACCGGGCGGAAGAGGAACGCAAGGAGAUGAAGAACCGCCUGCAGCAGAAGAAGACUGCCUUCAGGCAGCUCAUGGAGGAGGCCAAGCUGCACUCCAAGUCGUCGUUCAACGAUUUCUCGUCGAAGCACGGUCGCGACGAGAGAUUCAAGGCUAUCGAGAAACCCCGCGACCGCACCACCUACUUCAACGAGUACCUGGCCGAGGUGCGCAAGCGGGACAAGGAGGAGAAGGAGCGCAAGCGAGAACAGGCAAAGACCGAGUUUAUCGCUCUACUCAAGGAGAAGAGUGUGGACAGACACGCGAGAUGGGCUGACGUCAAGAAGAAAGUGGACUCCGAUGCCAGAUACAAGGCUGUCGAUAGCAGCACCAUGAGGGAAGACUACUUCAGGGAGUACUGCAAGCUGGUGAAGGAAGAGAGGAAGAAGGAGAAGGACGGCAAGGAGAAGGAGAAGGACCGCGAGCGCAGCAGUAAGAAGGAGAAGAAAGACAAGGACCGCGACAAAGAGAAGGAGAAGGAGCGAGACAAGGAGAGCAAGAAGAAGAAGGACAAGGGAGAGCCGAAGGAAGCGGCCCCCGAGCCGGUGGAAGAGGUGGAAGAAGCAGAGCCGGAAGAAGCAGAAGCGCAGGAAGAGGAGGCGGCUCGGGAGAAGGAGAAGGAGGCGCGUGCGCAGGCGUCCAUCAAGGAGAGGGAGAAGGAAGUGCAGAGGGCGUUGGCGACCAGUCUACGGGAUAGGGACAAAGAGAGGGAGUACCACAAGCGAGACGAAGCUGUGCAGCAUUUCAACGCCCUCCUGGCGGAUCUGGUCCGCAACCCGGAGCUGUCGUGGCGCGAGGCCAAGAAGCAGCUGAGGAAAGACCACCGGUACAGCCUCGCAGAACUACUCACCAAGGAAGACAAGGAGCGUCUAUUCGGUCAGCACACGUCGACAUUGGCCAGCAAACGUCGGGAUAAAUUACGCGCUUUGCUGACCACAUUGGGCGUAUCUUGUACAGCGCACUGGAGAGACGUGAGGGCUCAGCUAGAGAAACAGCCCAACGCGCCUGCCUAUACUAGCGCCUCGCAGAUGGAGCGAGAAUUCCGCGAUUACCAGCGCGACAAGCAGAGUGCUGCAAAGACUGCGUUCCGCCAGUUGUUGCUGGAGACCAGGUCCAUCACCCACAAGAGCCACGCGGCCGUCAACGAGAACCCGGCCGCUCUGCAGGCCAUACACCAGACCUUGAAGCACGACGCCAGGUACCUAGCUUUGGAGCACAUCGCCGAGGAGAGAGAGGGCAUGCUGACGUCAUACCUGGAGGAGAUGGACAAGAAGGGACCCCCCCCUCCACCCACUGCUACGGAACCCAGCAGGCGCUCCAAGCAGUGACAGUUGGCGCUUGACGGGGUUCAGCACCAAAUAGAAACAAAUUAAGUCCACACGCGGUCAACACGCCGUCCACGAGCCAGCCACACCUCAAUAAUUACCUACUAAUUUAACAUUCACAGCCAAACUUAGAGACGUGAAUACACUUUAAAUAAUUAUUCUUAGAAAAAAAAACUAUUCAGUCGAGGCGUCACACAGGAAUCGUAUCCGCACCCUUCACCAUACGGGCGGACGAACUAACCAGUUAUGCUCCCGACACCUCAAUAGGCGUGUCGAAUUUCCUCUAGUAUUUCUUAGGCAACAACGCAGCGCCAUCUCUUCUCAUUGAAGGUAACCCACAAUGUCAAAUGAAUAGUUUUACAAUUUGAAAGAAAAAAAUAGCAAAAAGCUAUUUGACAGUAUUCAAAAUAAACUACCAAUUAUUGACAUCGAUGUAACUUUUCAUUUGUGAGUAUGAACAUUGAAGCACCAAUCUUGGCAUGUGUAUCAUGUAACAUGAAUAUUGGGAGCGAUAAAUCCAAUAUUCUAACAAAAAACAGCUAAUAGUAUUACUUUAAAAUCAUUAAUAAGAAGCGUUUUUAUGUUUUUUGUCACGUGUCAGAAAACGCCUGGGAUUGGUGGAGCGCGAAUGACGUCACCAGCCUGUAAACACACCGUAUUCGCUUGAUGAACGUUUCGGCGGCAUAUUUGAAAACUAAAUAUUUUAUUUUCGUUUCAUUACUGAUUAUAUGCACCAGAGUUAUAAAUAUCCACUCUUAGUGAAGUCACUGUACACAAAUAAAUAAAGUAUGGCCAUUUUCAAAACUUGUUAAAUUCAUAAUUUAAAGAAGGAAAUCGCAAAAUAACACGUUAUUUUUGUAUUAUGUUGUCACGUGAUCGCAACUGCCUAGGAUUGGCUGAGACUAAAUGACGUCACACGUUUGUAAAGUUGCUGUUAGAUUGACAACCUAUCUAACGUUUGAUUAUCGUUUUAAUAAUAAAUACAAUGAAAACUUAAAAAUACAGCUUAUUGCCAAAUUAUUGACUGUUUACCAAGUCGAAUAAGAUAAAAUGCUAACUGUCCUGUCUGUAUGUUUAAGUUGAAGUAAUAUUGUUUUUCCGUAAUUGUUAUAAAAUUUAUAUAAUCUAAUCUAUUUCGGGUAUGAUGAAUCUUUAUGAAUUGAAUUAGGCUGUGAAUUAACAAAGGACAUGGUAAAAUUUUGUAUGAGCGACUGCCCUAGCAAUGUAUAAAUAUUUUACUUAGUAAUAUAUAAUGCAGAAUUGCUGAAUAUUUAUAAUUUCUAUGAAAAGGGGCUCAGGAACUUUUGAUAAAGUCACAAUCUUGAAAAUUAUGAGAUCUCCUACGACGUCAUUACCUUGCUACAUUUGAUAAAAGAUGUUGCCAAUUAUUUACAGAGCCAUCAAAUUCGCAUUUUCUUAGAAUAUUUCUUCACAUUUAUCUGAUUAACACUUCACAAAAAGCAUUUUAUAAGUAAAAAUGAAUACAAAUAAUUUGUUGUUGUCGGCCUGACAUGAAAUCUGUGAAGUUUUAUUUUGUUCAUUGGCAAAAAUCAAAGCAUUAAUUAUCAUACAGCCUUCUCUCAAGCCUGAUCAGAAAAAUAAAACCUAUUAUUAUAGGCCUUCAGUGAUUUUAUUAUAAUAAAAAUAAGGGCCAAAUAUGUCAUAGUUUUUGGAAGUUUUGAAUUAAUAUUGUUUAUUUCGAUAUACUGACAGAAAUAUUUUUAGUAUACAUUUAUUGUUCAUUUAUUUGAGUAAAACGGAACAUUUCCCUUUUGAAACAGACAUGAAGUCAAUUUUUUACUCUUAAAUAUUUGAUUAUUUCACGAAAGUUGUAAGAGAAUUAUAAAUACGUAAUAAUUAAUAAAAAAAUAUUAUAUAAUUAUGGGCUAGUGCAAAAUAAUUAUACACGUUAAGGGCAGUUUCUUAGCCAUGUCCUUUAACUGUAAUUAAAUUUGAAUCUGGACUAAACUGAUACUGUCACUUUUGCUUGCUAAAAAGAAAACGGGGACGACAUUAGGUUUAAAUCAAGACUAACUUUAAUCCGAUAGUUUUUGAAAUAAGGCGGAUGUUUUUUUUUCGGUUUUACUUCAAGAGUAUACAACUCUAGGUAGGUAUAACAAAUUUUAGCAUUUCUAUAGUGAAAUUAAGAUUUUUUUCUAUCAAAGGAUGAAGACGAUUUUGAAAUCAUUUUAGGAUUUCGUAAUUAAAAGUAUAUAAAGACUUGAGACUUUCUGUCCCUCUCGCAGAUGCUGUUCUAAGUAACGUGCGAAAGGGACAGCAUGUCGGAAUUUUCAACUUUUUUCUUUAAUGACACGAGUUAUAGCAACAAUUUUUUGUUUUGCUUCCGCAAUAUUCACACAAUGAGAAUUUAUAUAGCCGCUAUAUAAAAAUAUGUAAUGAUAAAUUUAAAAAUGUAUGUAUGAACACCCACAUACAAGACAGCAUAAUUUUUUUUUUGCUUCUGGCAAACCCUUAUCGUAUGAGUGCAACACGCACAUGAACUUUUUUUUAGAUUUCUUGAUUAGGAUAUUACUUAGUAAUAUUUUUUUACAAAUAAUUCCAAAGUGACGUAUUUAUUUAUUACAUUAAUGUGAUAAAAGGCAAAAAAUUAAAUUAUGCCGGUACAGUCGAACGAGUGUGCGGUCUGCCAUUUUAGCGAUAGUACCUUACACUAUAUUUGUAACCAGUGCCGUCUUUGACCUAUUGGAGGCUCUGGGCAUAUUAGGAUAAUGGGGCCGCUAUGACCCCCGUUUGGUGAUUUAACAGGAACUAGGGACUUUGUAUUUGAUCUGAGGGGGGCCCCUAUCGAUCGCGGGGCCCUUGGCACUUGCCCAAAGUGCCCACUGGGAAAGAGGGGUCUCUUUGUAACACACACAAAUAUUUAAAGGAAUAAAAGAAAAAGCUAUAUUUUGAAAUAAUAUUCAACACUACCAUUAACCACCAACAUUAUUAUUCAGAAUCCUUACAUUAUUUUAAAGUAAGGUAAAUUUUGAUAAAAGUUUGACGUAUAUUUAAUUAAAUUGCUGUUCAAGCGACGCGGAUGAGCUAUAAUGAAUCUUGAAAUUUGCGACCUGAUGAUGUAAUUAUAUAAAUUUCAUUAAAAUCGAUUUAUUUCAAAUCGAAAAAUCUACAUAAACGUCUUUAGGUACAAAUGUAAGAAUGUAAAGAUUGUAUUUUUCGUUAUAAAUGGACUGAAUAUCUUUUCACUGUUCUUCUAUUAAUCACAAUUGAAUUUUUUUUAUGAAUUAUCCUCUUCUGUGUUCCCCCUUUACAUAUGGAUAUAGUAAAGAAUUGUAUACUAAUAACGUAGUUCAAACUAACAUCGUCUGAAAGUGGCAGGUUGCAGACUACCUUGACUGUACUGUGAUGGCGGCGUGGUAAAGUUCCAUGGUCACGUCACGUCACAACGGCUUAGUUAAGUUCCAUGGUCAAAUGACAGUAGUGUGGUAAAAAUCCAAGAUCACGUCACGUGGGCUUGGUAAAGUUAGAUGGUCAAAUGACAGUGUCUUAGUAAAAAUCCAAGGUCACGUCACGUGGUCUUCGUAAAUUUAGAUGGUCAAAUGACAGUAUCGUGGUAAAUAUCCAAGGUCACGUCACGAGGGCUUGGUAAAUUAAGAUGGUCUAGUAGUGACAGUGGUGUGGUAAAAAUUCAAGGUCAUGUCACGAGGGCUUGGUAAAUUAGGAUGGUCAAAUGACAGUGGUGUGGUAAAAGUCCAAGGUCACGUCACGUGGGCUUGGUAAA